AAAUGUUGUUUGGUAAACAAUACUAUUUCUGUAUCAAAAUUGACCUGUGUAAAGACAUAGAUGAAUUACCUCAUCUAGAUUAGAAAAAUAUAGUAAUCACUGCAAUAAUUCUAUUAAAAGGUACUAGAUGCCCUUAUAGAUCAUCUUCCAGAAAUCCUAGAACUUAUGUCUGCUGGUGGAGAAAGCAGUGUUCAAGAAAAUAAGUUAUCGACUCUGCCUGACUUGAUUCCUGCACUCACAGCAGCUGAACAGCGAGCUGCAGCCUCUUUAAAGUGGAGAACUCAUGAGAAGUUACUACAUAAAUAUGCCUGUCUGCCACAUGUCAUAUCAAGUGAUCAGAUUUAUUAUCGUUUCUUACAAAGGAUGUUCACAAUCAUGAUGACAAAUAAUGUCUUGCCUGUCCAAAAGGCAGCAUCACGAACCUUGUGCAUUUUUCUACGUUAUAAUCGUAAACAAGAGCAGAGACACGAAGUCAUUCAAAAAUUAAUUGAACAACUGGGCCAAGGAAAAAGUUAUUGGAAUAGACUUCGAUUUUUGGAUACCUGUGAAUUUAUUAUAGAGAUCUUUUCCAAGUCAUUUUUCUGUAAAUAUUUCUUUCUACCUGCUAUUGAACUGACACAUGAUCCAGUAGCAAAUGUGAGAAUGAAACUUUGCUACUUAUUGCCCAAAGUGAAAGCUGCUCUGAAGAUCCCUGCAGAUAAGCAUCUUCUUCAGCAGUUAGAAAUGUGUGUAAGAAAACUCCUAUGUCAGGAAAAAGAUAAAGAUGUCCUGGCUAUUGUCAAAAGAGAACAAUUAGAGAAAGAGAAGCAACAGAAUGAUGGAAGGCCAAUGAGUGAUAAAGUCUUUGAAAAGAAACAGCUUAAUAAGGACUUAGAGGAAAUUGUAGAACUUAAAACAGGCUUUAUUUUAGGUAGAGAUACCAAGACAUCAACAAAUCUGCCCAAGAGCAUCCCUAUUUCUGUUCCUGGACCCUCUUCUGCCAACCCAUCGACAAGCAAAGAAAUCAAGAAAUCCAAAUUGAUUCGAAGCCAGUCUUUUAAUAAUCAAGCUUUUCACGCAAAAUAUGGCAACUUAGACAAGUGUGCUAGUAAAAGUUCUGCAGCAGGAUAUGCACCUCCUGUCUCAGGGUUAACAAAGAGUUCUGUACUUUCAGUAACUGAUACAGUGUUUUUCCUAAAUUUGUCUUUAUCAAAUCCCUUAGAAAUGAAACUUUCCCCUAGCAAUUGA